CUUAAGGCCUGAAAUGACCACGUUUGUCGAAUUUAUAUCGUUAUUUUUAGUUUUUGUGUGGGAUUCGUGUCCUUUUGCUCCUCCACAUUCAACAAGGGGGAUUUGGAGAUUAGUUUAAAACUCCCAGGCUUCUUCCUGCCAAUGAUACGUUUUAAUUAAUUGCAGGCUAAUCUUAGCGAGUUUAUCCUUCCCUUAGUGUAAUGUAAUAAGAUGAAAAGAGUGUUUUGCUCCAAUUUGAAGCCUCUGUGGCGCCUUGGCUUAUUUUUCUGGCCAGCAAAGUGGUGGGGAGCACAGCUAUUUGUAGCAUUAUGAGCCCGGAAGCUUCAUUUAAGCCAUUUUCAGAGGCUCAUAAUGGGGUCCAUCCCACAGCUUUGGGGGAGUCACGGCCCGCUGCUCGCACACAAUAGCCGGCCAGACGUGGACUCCAUUCAAGCAAGCCGCCACGUAAUAACCUCUCCCAUCAUCAUCACCAGCCUGGCAAAAAAUCAGCGACCCCCUCCUCUCCAUGCAGGUUUGUCAGAUUUUCAUUUUACUGUGAAGAAAGAGAAAAUGACCAUCGAUCUGCCAUGAUACAUCAUCAACCUUUGCGGUGUAACCUGUGGAUUAAACGCCUGCUUUCACACAUGCCGCAUCCCGGGAGAUCUCUCCUCAAAAUGUUUCCACAAUCGGAAAAAUCCAUAGUCUUUGACAACUUCCCGGACCCCACCGAUACCUGGGAGAUCGUCGAGACCAUCGGGAAGGGAACGUAUGGCAAAGUGUACAAAGUGCUCAACAAAUUGGACGGCAGUAAAGCGGCGGUGAAGAUAUUGGAUCCCAUUCACGACAUCGACGAAGAGAUCGAGGCCGAGUACAACAUCCUCAAGGCUCUUUCUGACCACGCCAACGUCGUCAAGUUCUACGGGAUGUUCUACAAGAAGGACGUCAAGUGUGGAGAUCAGCUGUGGCUCGUGUUGGAGCUUUGUAACGGCGGUUCGGUGACAGAUUUGGCCAAAGGCAUGUUGAAGAGGGGCGAGCGCAUGGACGAAGCCAUCAUUGCAUUCAUACUCCAUCAGGCACUCAUGGGCCUCCAGCACUUGCACGUUAACCACACAAUCCACAGAGACGUCAAAGGCAACAACAUCCUGCUGACCACGCACGGAGGCAUCAAGUUAGUCGACUUUGGUGUGUCGGCCCAGCUGACAAACACUCGCCUGAGGAGGAACACCUCGGUGGGAACGCCCUUCUGGAUGGCGCCAGAGGUGAUAGCUUGCGAACAGCAGCUGGACUCCACGUACGACGCCCGCUGCGACGUGUGGUCGCUGGGCAUCACCGCCAUCGAGCUGGGCGAUGGAGACCCGCCCCUCUCUGAGCUCCAUCCAAUGAGAGCACUCUUCAAAAUACCUCGAAACCCACCGCCAACCCUCCAGCAACCAGAACUGUGGUCCGACGACUUUAACGGAUUCAUCUGCAAGUGUCUCAUCAAGGACUUUGAGCUUCGUCCCAACGUCUUGGACCUCCUCCAGCACGUCUUCAUCCAGCAGACUGUCGGGAAGGAGAAAAUUCUGCAGAAGCAACUCAUUGAACUUAUUGAUCUCAACCAUCAAAUUGGAGUCGUCGAGAAGACUAGCCAUCAUGGAAAAACGGACAGAAGCCGAGACAGUAAUGACAGGCACGAACGCAUCCACACCAAAAAAGGAAGCAACCUGAAGACUGACCGGGACGAGGACGACGAUCUGGCCGCCUUGGAAGUUCUAGACGAGGAUUCGGUCAGCGAACGGCUGCAGGAGCGCUACGGCAGGGACCAGAUCUACACCUACGUGGGCGACAUCCUAGUAGCUGUCAAUCCUUUUCACAAAAUGCACAUCUACACUCCUCAGUACAGCAAAAUGUACGUUGGUGCAAAACGGACGGCCAAUCCUCCGCACAUCUUUGCCGCGGCCGACAUCGCCUACCAGUCCAUGGUGUCGUACAACACCGAUCAGUGCAUCGUGAUCAGCGGCGAGAGCGGAGCGGGGAAAACUGAAAGCGCUCACCUGCUGGUGCAGCAGCUAACGGUCUUGGGCAAGGCCAACAACCAAUCACUCCAGGAGAAGAUACUGCUGGUCAACAGCCUGGUGGAAGCCUUCGGGAACGCCUGCACGGCCAUCAACGACAACUCCAGUCGCUUCGGCAAGUACCUGGAAAUGAAGUUCAGCGCCGGAGGGACGGUGGUGGGCGCUAAGAUAUCGGAGUACCUCCUGGAGAAGUCCAGGGUUAUCCAUCAGGCCGUCGGGGAGAAAAACUUCCACAUCUUCUACUACAUCUACGCUGGCUUGGCUGACAGGAAGAAGCUCGGCCAUUACAAGCUCUCCGACAGCAAAACGCCAAAGUAUCUGUGUAACGAGCACAUAAAACUGGGGCCCGACAUUGUGAGCAACACCCCCUACAAGGAGCAGUUUGACGCAGUGGAGCAAUGUUUCAAAGUCAUCGGUUUCUCCCUGGAGGAGUUGGGUAGUGUGUACAGCACACUGGCGGCCAUCCUCAACUCGGGCGACAUUGAGUUCUCGGCCGUGGUGUCGGAACACCAGACGGACAAGAGCAACAUUGCCAACAUUCACAUCUUGGAAAAUGUGGCGUCAUUGCUGCGCAUCCGCUCUGACGAGCUCCAGGAAGCCUUGACCUCGCACUGUGUGGUGGCCCGGGGCGAGACCAUCGUGCGGCCCAACACGGUGGAGAAGGCGGGGGAGGUGCGCGAUGCCAUGAGCAAGGCGUUGUACGGCCGACUCUUCAGCUGGAUCGUCAACCGCAUCAACGUACUGCUGAGGCCCGACGGCCACCUCGGGGGGGAUGACGGGGGCUUAAAUAUUGGCAUCCUGGACAUCUUCGGCUUCGAGAACUUCAAGAGGAACUCCUUCGAGCAGCUGUGCAUCAACAUCGCCAACGAGCAGAUCCAGUUCUACUUCAACCAGCACAUCUUCGCCUGGGAGCAAGACGAGUACCUGAACGAAGACGUGGACGCUCGCGUGAUUGAGUACGAAGACAACCGUCCGCUUCUGGACCUCUUCCUGCAGAAGCCCAUGGGCAUGUUGUCCCUCCUGGACGAGGAGAGUCGCUUCCCUCGGGCCACCGAUCAGACGCUCGUCGAAAAGUUUCAAGAUAACCUUAAAACCAAAAGCUUCUGGAGGCCGAAGAGGAUCGACCUUGGCUUUGGUAUUCACCACUAUGCUGGAAAGGUGAUCUACAACGCCACCGGUUUCCUCGCCAAAAACCGAGAUAUGCUCUCGGCGGACAUCGUCCUCCUCCUCAGGUCCUCGGAAAACGAGCUAAUUCGCAAACUCGUCACCCAUCCCCUCACCAAAACAGGCAACCUUGCCCACACUAAGGGCAAAACCUCCAACACACUCCGCACCCCGCGCACCCCUACGCGCACCCUCACCUUCGCCAAGAUGGGAGUGCUUACCUUGUACAGUUCCUUUACUUUCACUGAGCCGGUCGACGCAGACGCACCGUACCAUCCUCGAGAAACCACCAACAUGAAAACACAGACGGUGGCGUCCUACUUUAGAUACUCGCUGAUGGAUCUUCUGUCCAAGAUGGUGUCUGGUCAACCCCACUUUGUGCGCUGCAUCAAACCCAACAACGAUAGGCAACCCUACAAGUUCGACCGGGAGAAGGUUCUGGUCCAGUUGCGCUACACGGGAAUCCUAGAGACGGCUAAGAUCCGCCGACAGGGCUACUCGCACCGCGUCCCCUUUGCCAAUUUCCUUAAGAGGUAUCACAUCGUAGCGUUCCAUGCCGACGAGGAACCCGCGGUGACACCGGAAACGUGCGCUACCAUCCUGGAGAAAGCCAAGCUGGACAACUGGGCCAUGGGGAAGACAAAGGUGUUCCUUAAGUACUACCACGUGGAACAUCUGAAUCUGAUGGUGCAACAAGCCACGCAGCGCAUCGUGGUGCUCCAGGCUUGCGUACGAGGCUGGCUAGGUUCCAGACGCUACCGCCGGCUCUUGAAGGAGCGAGAACGGAGCGCUCUGGUGCUGCAGUCAGCUUACAGAGGCUACAAAGUUCGAAAGAGCAUCUAUGAUGACAAGAAGAGAAAGCUGGAAGCAUUCAUCGUCCAGUUUCAAGCCAUAUGUAGAGGUUAUCUUGCCAAAACAAAGUACAAGGAGUUGGUGGAGAGGAAGCACAGUGCGGCACGCAAGAUUCAAGCGCACUACCGAGGGCACAAGGAUAGGAAGAGUUUCAAAAGAAAACGAGAAGCCUUGGAGAAGGAGAAAGCUGAGAAAGCUCUGAAGCCCGACCAGGAGAAGCUGCCUGAGGCGGACCAGAUCAACCGGGACUUUCUUGCUGCUUCCGAAGACGAAAUUCGAGCGGAAGAAAAGGAAACCAAAGCCGCCGUGGUCCUGCAGAGCAACUUCCGAGGUUACCAGGAAAGGAAGAAGUUUAAGCGGAGGCAGAAGACCUUGGCCGGGGCUGAGCUGCACCUGCCGGAAGCUGAAGGCGCACGAGAAGACGACGAAGGAGCGAGAAGCCCCGAAGAGGAAGAUGAAGAUACAUACGAAGCUGAGGAGAACGAAGACAGCGAUCACACACAGGUGCCGGAUGACGACGAGAUCAUAGAAAUGGGAGUUGAAGCGUUGGAAGACCUCCCGCCUGAGGAGGACGCAGUCUCCGCGAGCUUGCAGGAGGAAACGAAUGCCGCCGUGGUUCUGCAGAGUAACUUCAGAGGUCACAAAGAGAGGAAGAGACUUCGAGAGGAAGCUGAAAGAAACCUAAAUGAACCAGACGAGCGGGAAGAUGGAGACGUUGAGGAGACUAGAGCUGCUGUGGUCCUUCAGAGAAACUUCACGAGCCACAUGGAGGAGAACCCAGAAAAACUCCAAGAGCCAGAGCUCUGCGAGAAUUUAGAAACGCAAGAUGAAGAGGACUCAAAUGAUGAACCUUUAUCUCCAAAUGACGUCGAACUGGAAUUAGGAGAGGUUUCGGACGCCUCUAUGGAAUGUGCAGAUGAGAAACUGGAAGAACAAGCAGCCGCGGUGAAGAUCCAGAGCAACUUUAGAGGCUACAAGGAACGCCAGAAUAUGAAGGCCAGCAAGCAGCGGGCGCAGGAGGAGGCCCAGCAGCUGGAGACUUUCUCCAAACAGAUCGCCAAGACAUCUCACAACUUUGUAGCGCUGCAGCAGAAGUUGACAGAGAUCAUUCAGGUCCAUCAAUCAAACCCAGAGAGGAACGGCUUGUUCGUCAAGGAGAAAGCGGUCAACGGCUUCGCUCCCAAGAUGCACAAAUCACCCGACAAGAGACUGUCUCGACCCCCCCGCCGCACUCUACAGCCAAAGACCCUCAACACCCCUGAGGACUCUACCUACUACACGUUGAUACAUCGCUCUGUCCAGGAUGACAAACGCAAGCCAAGGAAAGAAGAUCCAGGUAAGCUGGUGGACGUGGACCAGCACUACUACCAGGCUCUGCCCACCAGCAAAUCCACGCCCGACCUCGAGACAUCACUCCAAAGUGGCGUUUCGCCUCAAUUGUCUGAGGACCGGAGACGGUCCGUGGACGCCAGACCAGAACCUGAAACCGGGCUACCCGAAGAACCUAAACCGGAGUCCAAACCUGCCAAACACAUCAGUCGAUCACUUCCAACGUUGUCCGCUGACAAUCGUGCCGACGACAACCCCUACGACUUCCGGCACCUGCUGAGGAAGACCUCUCAGAGACGAAGGCUCAUCAGGCAGUACCGGGCCAAGGACUGAAAUUUAACAUUAACGUUUUCCAAGAUUAACUCUUUAAAUGCCAUUGACGACGGUAGACGUCCAAUCGCGUGGUGAUUAAUCGCCCUUCUGCCGUGAAAUUAAAUGAGUUUAUCGGUAGUAGACGUCCAAUCCAUUUGAAGUGGGAGGGUGGCAGUGAAUGACUGUUUUUUGCUGUCAACCCUCCCACUUCAAAUAGAUUCUCAAUGGACGUCUAUCCAAGUCAAUGGCAGCCAAUGAGUUAAGGAUGCUGAUGAACUUCAAGAAAACUGAGAAAUGAAAGCUUUUGAGACCAAACUGUGAAUAAUAGAUUUUUUA